AUGAUUCGCCUUUUUGUGCUCCUCAUUCCCUUGGCCUUGGAAGUGAGAGGAGCCUGCAAUCGCGUGCCACAGGCAGCCACCGGCGAGAGAUCCGCUGUAGAUGAUAACUUUAAGAUCCUGAUAGACGGCAAUCCCGCCACCUACGUGCCAGAGCAUCAGUACAAUGUAUCCCUAUCCUGUCCCAUCAACCUAAAGUUUGUGAGCUUCACAUUGGUCAUCGAGGCGGAGGAUCAGUCAGCAGUUCUCAGUGGCCUGGAUAUGACUGGUCACUUUGAGCUGCUGGGCACCACGGACACCAGAUUCAGUGUGGGCUGCGAGAACAUGGUGGAGAGCACCAACACAAACGCCAAGACCCACAUAGAGGUCUCUUGGAUAGCACCACGUCAUCCCGACAGCGGCUGUGUCUUGAUCAAGGCGGGUGUGGUCCAGCAUCGCGAUGUUUGGUUUCUGGACGAUGGCUUCCUGACCAAGCGCAUAUGUCCCGAGGAAAUUGAUGAGCUGAAUAGCUUGACUCCGCCUUUGGAAAAUUGCUGUGCCUGCGAUGAAGCCAAAUAUGAGAUCGUUUUGGAGCGCAAGUGGGCCAGGAAUACGCAUGCCAAGGACUUUCCUGCCGAAGCCUGGCGCACUCGCUUGGGUGAGGUGAUUGGGGCUUCGCACAGUCACAGCUACCGCUACUGGGCUUAUGGAGGCAGAGCUAGCCAGGGCAUGAAGGAGAUGGCCGAGCAUGGUGCCACUCGCACCCUGGAGAAUGAGAUAAGAGAAAACACUCAGAAUGGCGAUGUGAGGACCAUAAUCAAGGCUCCGGGCAUUGCUCACCGCCUGAAUGCUUAUGGCACCACCCUGGCCAAUGCUCGUGUGGAUCCUAUGCAUCACCAAAUCUCGCUGGCUGCCAAGAUUGAUCCCUCACCCGACUGGAUACUGGGCGUGGCUGGACUAGAGCUGUGUCUGAGCAACUGCACGUGGCUGGAGCGGAAGGUGUUGAAUUUGUAUCCCUGGGACAUUGGCACCGACUCGGGGCCUUCCUAUAUGUCCGCCGAUCAACCUCAGAUUCCUCCUGAUGUGGUACGCCGCAUUACAUCAUCUUACCCCAGCGAUUAUCGUUCGCCAUUUUACGAUGACACUGGCGCUUCCAUGAAGCCUCUGGCUACGCUUUACUUGACCAGGAAGAAGCUCUACAUCCGGGAGUGCGAAGAGGCUAUCCAGGAGGGACCCCUAGAAUGCGCUGUGCAUCCCUGGAACGAAUGGACCAACUGCAGCACGCGUUGCGGUCAAGGUUACUCCCAGCGCUUUCGUAGCUAUAAAAAUCCCCAACUGGCAGCCAACUAUAACUGCCAACAGCGCUUGGAUGAGAUGCGUCAGUGCCAGGGUACCCAAUGCGGACCAGCAGAGGAGGAGUUCGAAGCUGGAGAGGCUGGCCAGGGCAUCGAAAAUUCCAACUCCAUGGCAGAAUGCCAGCUUAGCAACUGGAGUGAGUGGUCGCCCUGCUCCAAGACCUGCGGCAGGGGGUCAUCCACACGCAGCCGGGAUUACCACAAUCCGCAGGCCAGGCAGCGGUGCUUGUCCGUAAUGAGACUGCCAAUGGAGGAGACCAGGGAGUGCAUGGGUUCCGAUUGUGGAGGAACCAUACCUGACAAUGGCGAACUGGACGCUCUACCCGAGCCAGGCUUGGAUCAGGAUGGUUACGAGGCUCAGCGGCCUGCUUGGAACAACAGGCAGGGAAACUCCUAUACCGGAUCAAGUGGAAACCAGGCCUGGAACAGAAAGGGUUUGAAUAGUGACAGCAGCUUCAAUAGAUCACCCUACAAUACAAUGGAUAGCUCACAGGACACUCCAAACUCUGCCUAUGGCAAGGUAGAGAAUCAGCAAAGACCAGCAUAUAAUCUGGGAGAUAGCAGAGGAGGAACCUAUGACACCAAUCGUGGUGUGCCUGGCUAUCCUUCCCUGAAUUCCUACAGCAACGAUAAACUAGUGGGCAGCAGACCCGGUGGUUACAGUGAUUACAACAACGAGUACACAACUCCCAGAUUCCGGCCGGGAUUUACCACACGCUCUCCAUACGGGGGAAGGUAUCCCAGUCAGCAGCAGGAACCUGAGGACUCUACCAGAGACACCGGAAACGGCAAUGGCUACAAUGUGGUGCAGGACUACUGCUUCGAGAAACCCUUUGCCUCCACCCGUCCCUGCCUGGCCAAUCCGGUGGUGGUGAGCAACUACUGGUUCUACGACCACGAAGAGCACGAAUGCAAGAUCUUCACCACGGACAACUGUGAUGAGAAUAAGAACCGCUUCCGUUCGUUGAUGGCCUGCGAGGGCACUUGUCUGCAGCCGCAGAUGAACAUGGAGCACUCUGAGAAUGAUGCCAUGGAUCUGUAUGGAGGAGGAACUUAUGGACAAACGGGAGAAGGAUCUUAUGGACAAACGGGCGGGAGAUCAUACGGCUCAGGUUCUUAUGGGCAAGCAGGAAGUUCUUAUGGACAAACAAGGGGUAUAUCUUACGGAGCACAAGCUAAUUCUUAUGGAGGUUCUUACGGACAAACAGGAGCUUCUUACGAGCAAGCAGGAAAUUCUUACGGACAAACAGAAGGUUCUUAUGGACAACAAGCAGGUUCUUACGGACAAACAGAAGGUUCUUAUGGACAACAAGCAGGUUCUUACGGUCAAGUAGGAAGUUCUUAUGGAAAAACAGAUAGCUCUUACGGACAAACAGCAGGUUCUUACGGACAAGGGGGAACUGGGCCAUUUGGAGAUGCCGCUUACGAAUCACAAUUUAGCGAAGCAGCUGGUGACAUCGGGGAACCCAUGUCGCAGACCAGAAGCAGAUAUGAUUCAACCAGACGUGGUCGUUAUGGAGGUUGA